CCUUUUGACCGCGCGGCCCGGCCCACGCCGCGCCCACUGCCCGUGACUCUCUCUUUUACGUGGGGGCGCGCGCCAGAGACGCACAGUCGCAGCAAUGGCGAGGUUGAGCGAGCACGGGAUUCGCCUGAGUUCCAUGAGCCCUUCCUUCCUGAACAGCAACUCCACAAGUCACACCUGGCCCUUCAGCGCCGUGUCGGAGCUCAUAGACAAUGCAUCAGAUCCCGGCGUAUCUGCUAAACAGAUCUGGAUAGAUGUGGUUGAUGAAGACGGUCAGCUGUGUCUAACCUUCACCGAUAAUGGCAGCGGCAUGACUCCCAACAAAUUGCACAAGAUGCUCAGCUUUGGUUUUACAGAAAAGGGUUCAGGUAAGGCCAGUCAUCAGGCCAUCGGUGUGUACGGGAACGGUUUCAAGUCCGGCUCAAUGCGUCUGGGCCGUGACGCGCUCAUCUUCACCAAGAACGGCGGCUGCCAGAGUGUGGGAAUGCUCUCUCAGACCUACCUGCAGAACAUCAAGGCCCAGGCGGUCAUUGUGCCCAUUGUCCCCUUCAACCAACAAACCAAGUCCCUGGUGGUGACGGAGGACUCGGAGGCCAGCCUGGCAGCCAUCCUGCAGCACUCCCUCAUCACCACCCAGGAGCAGAUACACUCACACUUUGACUCCAUUCUCUCCAAAAAAGGCACCAAGAUAUUAAUCUGGAACAUCCGCAGGGCAAAAGAUGGCAAGCCAGAGGUGGACUUUGAGACCGAUGUGAGCGACUUCCGCUUGCCCGAGGUUCACAACGACGAACUGAAGAAAUGUCUGAGGACGUUCGGCUCCCCGAGAGCCAAACACGACGUCCCCGACAUACACUACAGUCUGAAAGCCUACCUCAGCAUCUUGUAUCUGAAGCCCAGGACACAGAUCAUACUGAGGGGGCAGAAGAUCCCGGUGAAGCUGGUGUCCAAGCGGCUGAAACACAUCGAGCAUGACGUGUACAAACCCCACUUCAGUAAAGAGAGGGUGAAGGUGACCUUCGGGCUGAACCCCAAAAACAAAGAUCAGUACGGCAUCAUGAUGUACCACAGGAACCGACUCAUCAAAGCCUACGAGAAAGUGGGCUGCCAGCUGAAGGCUUCGGGUCAAAGGGCGGGCGUCGGGGUCAUCGGUAUCAUCGAGUGUAACUUCCUCAAACCUGCCCACAACAAGCAGGACUUUGAAUACACCAAAGAAUACAGACUUACCCUGGGCGCUUUGGGCCUCAAGCUGAACGACUACUGGAGAGAGGUGGAAGAGAAGAAGGCCCGGGAGCGCGAGUUCCAAGCGGUGGAAAGAGACGAAAAUGUAGACAAGCUGGACGCUGAAGAGGGUCCCAUGUGGUUACAAUGUGAAGACUGCCUGAAGUGGCGAAAGGUCCCGGCAAAUUAUUACAUUGUGGCUCCUGAAAGCUGGAACUGCAGCCUGAAUCCCAAUCUAAAUUACAGAAGUUGCUCUUUGCCAGAAGAAGCAGAAGACAGCGAUGAGCUGUUGACACCCAGCUACCACAAAAAACACAAGAAACAAGAGCAUCCUAAAAGCAGAAAACGAGAAAAAUCCUUGGAGGUGUGUGAGUUCCAGGACCAAACGGCCAAACAUCAAAUCCUCUCACGCAGUUCAUCAGAGCCGAGCUGGCUCACCUUCCGGGCAGAAGACGACCUCGAGCCGGAUCAGACGAGCGCAGAUCACCUGACUGACACACUCGCUCAAGACAGUGCACAGACACAAAGUACAGUCACGUCUCCAGUUGCACACAUACAACACAAUCACACUGGAAGAGGCACAGUCAUUGAAGGCACCACGCAAGUCAAACACGUGGAGGACGAGACCGGUGAUGACGGGAGCGAAGACAAAGACACAAGUGUGGAGCGGGUCGAAGGAGAGGAGGAGAACGCAGUGAGCCACAAGAGGAAAAGUGGAAUUUUGGUUCACAGCGAGAAAAAGAGGCCGUGUCUUCAGGAGGAGCAGCCUGACUCAGAAAACACGGCCGAAAAGAUGAAUCCUCAGAAACAAACAAACACACCCGAGGCGGCGCUCUGGGAGAAGACCAAGCCUGGCGAUGGCGGCCGAGGGGAGAAACCAGGUGAUGCAGCACAGCGAACCCCCAGCAGUCUCGCCCGCACCCACUUCCUCCCCUCCACCCAGACUGUGAUGGUGUCUCCUCUGAGUCGAACCGAGGGGCCCCGGAGCAGACCGCUGCCUCCCGACGGGAGUGGCUGGGAGGCGAGUGUGCAGAAGCUGGCCGGGCUGGAGAAAGAGGCCCAGAGGCUACGGAGGCUUCUCGCUCUGGAAGCCACAAGCACAACUCAAGGCACGAUGACAGCGGCAGAUGGCUGCGCCGAAAAGCCCCCCGGAGGGCCCGAGACCCCUCCGGCAUCCACGGCCAGCAGAGAGGUCGGCUGCCAGACCGACGCGACUGAGAGCUCUAGUUCAUCCAGCUGGCCCGGCCCGGCUGUGGGACGUCCGGGGGUGGUGGUCCUGAGUCAGAGGGCUCUGUGCGGGUCGAUAGGGCCGCCGGAGCACAGCGCGUCCAAGAAGGAGAAAGCAGAAAGUCAUAUCAGGAUGAUAGCCGGGGACAACGAGGCCUGUGAAAGCAGCAGAUCCUCGCAGGAAGACCUGCGCGGCAUCCGGAACAAUGUGGUGGUGCUUCUCACGGCCCUCUUGCCUCAACUGGACCUGGCUGGAAUCAGCAUGGAGACCACGGACGUGGAUAACAUCCUGCAGCAGAUCAUAGAGGUCAACUCCCUGAAGCUGUGAAAAGUAUAGAUUUGUAUGAAGUUUGGAUUGGAAUGUGUUGUCUUUGUUUUCAGAGGACAAACAUUGUCUAUUAAGCUUUUUUUGCUUGCACACAUUGCCAGUUAAUUUUGUAUCCCUUUCAUGUGAAUGUUUAUUUCCGGACACAUUGUGAGCAUUUCCAUCCCAUUGACGUACAUGUAACUUUAUUUGGAAAUUUUGUGUUUCAAAAUAGUGUGACGAAUUGCUAUUUUUUUGGUUCUGCUUCUGUUUUUACCAACUAUUUAAAGUUUUAUAUGCAUCUGGUCACCACUCAGAUAUGCUUGUUUGAUCUAUAUCUAUAAGUGAAACUUUUCAGAUUUGAAUUAAAAUACUGAAACCAUU